UUUUCACUCUGAGUGGCUUGACACUGGCGGUAGUAAUGGCGGCUAAGAUUACUAGAGGAAGGAACCCAAAGACCAUGAAACUUUACUUCUAACGGCCGCGCAGAGGAAUUUGUUUCUAGCGAAACGCAGAAACACCAUCCCAUAACGGAUUCAAGGGAGAACAAGUGCUAUUACGUGAGAUCAACGCGGUAGAUGUCCAGGCUGAGGAGGUGGACGCACUUUGCGACUUGCUAGUUAGCUUAACGUUAGUGCCACUGACUUUGAUUCAAGGUAGCAGUUAGCUUGCUGCACUACUAGCCAGCUGUUGGCUACUUGGCUUGGCUUGGCUGGCCCAACAAGUUAACUAAGUGAAUAACUGUAUGAAAGCAUUCCUUAUUUGAUUUUUUUUGAAUGGUGAUCAGCUGUCUUCGGCAACAGAUAGCUUUACGGAUUUUUACAGAGAGUGGGAUCAGACGACAACAAGUCUACACAGCGCGUUGUGAACAUUAUUACUGCUAACCUCAACGUUAGCUAGUGCAGUAACGCUAGCUAAGUUGGGAUCCUGAAGUCUCGCCCAUUUUUGGAUCCUACCCCAGCCAUUGGCUAAGGGCUAAUCAACAGCCAACUAGUCUGGUUUUCAGGUUCGAUUGGUACUACGAUGGAAAGUCUAACGUUGACUGAUAUCGAGCAGAAAUAUUACUCGGAUUUGUUCGUUUACUGCGACACGGACAACACCAAAAAAGUGGCUUCCAAUGGAAGAGUUCUUGACCUUUUCCGGGCGGCCCAGCUACCCAGCGAAGUUGUCCUGCAGAUCACAGAGCUAUGUGGAGCCACUCGGCUGGGUCACUUCGGGCGGAGCCAGUUCUACAUCGCUCUGAAGCUCAUUGCCGUUGCCCAGGCCGGUCUGCCCCUGAGGGUGGAAAGCCUCAACUCGGUCAAAGACCUGCCGCUGCCCAGGUUCGUAGUGGGGAAGAAUGAGGCAGAGGCGAGGCAUGCAGCGUUGUACCAGGACACAGACAGUCAGGGGUUAUACCCGGCUUCUGCCACCGCAGUAAUACCCAGACCACCAGGCCGGGCUCUCCAGAACAAGAAAGGUCCCCCGUCAUCCACUUCACUUCCUGUCCACGAGGUCAUCCAGCCCCUGGCACCCAGCAUAGAACCACAGCCCGAGCCCACUUCCCCGGUGGUCUCCCCUCACCAGUCUCCCCCCACCUCCCCUCACUCGUGGAGGAAACACAAGCGGCAGCACAGCGGAGGAAACCCAGAAAGACAGCCGGUGGUGGCUGCAGCUGGAGCUGUGUGGACGCAGUUCAGAGAACCACAAGCAGGUCCAGUGCCCGGUGAUGGCAUGUGGUCGUCCCACUCGCCUCCUCCUCCAGGGCAGGAAAGUUGGGUCAGUUUCACAGCAGACACCCCACCAUCCAGCCAUCCACUCCCAGCAAUGCAUCCCUCGUCAGUCCAGGAAAGCACAACGAUACGAACAGUGGCCUCAGCAGCAACAACCAAUGAGAUCCAGCGACAGUCCAGCGGCUACGAUGAUCCGUGGAAGAUCACGGAUGAGCAGAGACAGUAUUAUAUUAACCAGUUCAAAACCAUCCAGCCAGACCUCACCGGCUUCAUACCUGGUUCAGCCGCAAAAGAGUUCUUCACUAAAUCAAAACUACCGAUUUUAGAGUUGUCACAUAUUUGGGAGCUGUCAGACUUUGAUAAAGACGGAGCGCUCACCCUGGAUGAGUUCUGCGCUGCCUUCCACCUGGUUGUGGCCAGGAAGAAUGGCUAUGACCUCCCAGAGAAGCUGCCUGAGAGCCUGAUGCCAAAGCUGAUUGACCUGGAUGACUCAGCAGAGGUCCCUGAAUCGACUGCUGACGUUGGAUACUCGGGCUCCCCGGUGGAGGUCACCCCCAACAAAUCUCCCUCCAUGCCUUCACUCAACCAGGCCUGGCCAGAGAUGAACCAGAACAAUGAGCAGUGGGAGACGUUUAGCGAGCGCUCCUCCAGCUCACAAACUCUGACCCAAUUUGACUCUAACAUUGCACCAGCUGACCCUGACACGGCCAUCGUCCACCCAGUUCCCAUCCGGAUGACACCUAGCAAGAUCCACAUGCAGGAGAUGGAGCUGAAGAGGACUGGCAGUGACCACAACCACCCUACCAGUCCACUGCUGGCUAAACCUCCCGAACUGUCCGAAGAAGCCAAUUUACCUGCCUCCCUGAAGUUUGUAGCCGCCAACACUGUAGGUGAUGGUUACAGCAGUUCAGACUCCUACACCUCAGACCAGGAGCCAAUCACAAGACAAAGGUCUCAGUCGGGUACGUCUCCAGAGGCGCUGAAGGUGGUAGCCCCCUCCCCGCCACCCCGCCCCCACCCCUCUCACUCUCGCUCCUCGUCUCUCGACAUGAACCGCACCUUCGCCGCGGCAUCUGCACCAGGACAACCACAACCCUCUACGAUAGCUUACCCGCCUGCUGUGCCUCCUCGACCGCUGCCCACACAGACAUCAGCACCACACACUGGGCAUCGUGUAGAGGCAGAGGGUGCACCGGGAGGCGGGGCGGUGCUCACCAGCACUUCCCCCCAACAGAUUCCCCAGCAGCCCAAUUUCGCAGACUUCAGUCAGUUUCAGGCCUUCGCUGCGUCUGAACAGCCUUCCAGCCUGCCAGAGGUCGAUAUGCACAGUGAGCCUGGACAGGCGGACAAGUCAUCAGAGGGAGCCGGCCCUUUGAGAACAGUCAAGAGUGAAGGCCAAGCAGACGAGAGGGCCUCAGCUACUGUCAACUCUGUCAAGGGUUCAUCUGGUCCACUAGCCCCUCCUCCAAAACCUGUGCGCCGAAGGUUGAAGUCUGAAGAUGAGCUUCGACCGGAGGACGAGCAACAUGGUCCGCAGAAAUCAAACGUCAUAGCUGCCGUCCUGGCCACUCAGCCCUCCAUCCCCAGGUCAGUAGGAAAAGACAAAAAGGCGAUUCAAGCUUCAAUUAGAAGAAACAAGGAGACGAACACAGUGUUGGCACGACUUAACAGUGAACUGCAGCAACAGCUGAAGGAUCUGCUUGAAGAGAGGAUAUCCCUGGAAGUCCAGCUGGAGCAGCUCAGACCUUUCUCUCAUCUUUAACCAACGUGAAGAGGGAAACUCUGCUGUAGUUCAUCCGAAGCAAGGCUGCGGGCCUCGGUUUAACUCCUCCCUCAAUCCCUCCCUCCUUCCACCAUCUUGGCUUUUCCUGAAGGCUCCGACCUGCUGCAGUGUGCUCCGUUAAAACUCUUGCGCUCAAUCACACAAUUAUUAAUCAUAAACCGGAAGGACCUGAGGGCGCGGUCUUAAUAAGAGGAGGAGGUGACAGGAGUGGGGGCGGGGGGGAUGUUACAAACUGGCACUUUCCAAUUUUUUUAAAGAGAGGUGAACAUGAGGAUGACAGCCGACUGAGAAAUUGUUAGGAGUGGCAGACAAGACGCUCCAACUGCGAGUGAGGUCGGAAGACAAACUGCUGGUGUCUGAUGACUUUACUCUCUGACUGAAGAAGAAAGCCGGAGUGUGUUUGUCGUGUGUGUGUGUGUGUGAGAUUGUUUGUGUAGUUGUGUUCCUGUUUAGUGACUUAGUUGAGGCUAGCACCAAUAUGUUUAUUCUCUCUUAAGGUUUGCCACACCAAACUCCUAUUAAAAGUCAGGCAAAUUUAAAGACGCAGUUCAGUAUUUUGGGAAAUACGCUUCUUCGCUUCGUUAUGAGAAUAUAUCAAUAUUAAUAUAAUAUCAAUCUAAUGUGUGUUAAGUACAGAGAUGGAGUCUAUGAUAAGCUUAGCUUAGCUUAGCAUAAAGACUGGAAGCAGGGGAAAACAGCUAGCCUGGCUCUGUCCAAAGUUCAAAACUACAGCUACCAGCACCUCUAAAACUCACACUCUGUCUCUCUUUUGUUUAAUCCGUACAGAAACAGAAAAGUAAAAACAAUUUGUGGUUUUGCAUGCUGAAACUACUUCAUCUAACUCUCGGAAGGAAAGCGUGUAAGUGUAUUUCCCAAAAUGUCAAACUAUUACUUUAAUUGUCUUCUCACUUAUUGGUGUACCUACUUUUCUACUACUGUGAAUGAAAACUUAUUCAAAACUGGACAACAAUUGUGAAAAACAGGACUUUAAAAGCAUUUCUUAAAUAUCAUCAAAGACAUUCUGCCUACUGAACAUUUACCUCCUGAAUGUCACCAUUUUCAAAAAAAAUGUUAAAAAUUGGUCACAGAAACAUGCUACAACACAUAUUAGAGGCUUUUAAAACAUGAGAAAGUCUACACCAGGACUCUACGUAUGCCAGUAAGCAAGGAACGUUAAAAAAACAAUGUUUUUUUGACUGGAGUUUGGUGUGGUCGGUCUCUCCAUAAAACAUAUGGGGCUACUUCUUGACAGGAUUUUUUGUGUAUGUUUGUGUGAGGCCUUUAAUGGCUAAAUCAUCAUGGUGAAGGCUUUUUUGACUCAUCCUGUGACAUGAAUUCAGCCCACCUCCCUCUUCUCACUGCCCCUCGAAGUCUACGUGUGUCUGUGCAUGUGUGGUUGAUGCAGUGAAUGAAUGAAUGUGCUUUGUCGUCUUUUUUUCUUUGUUACACAGUGUUUGGGGUUUGAUGUGACUGAAUGGUUUAACUUUAUGCCAAAUGACUGAACUAUCACUCUCUGCUCUCUCACCUGCUCAGUCUUUAUACUUGGGCUGCAACCUCUUUUCCCUUCCUACAGGUUUCUCUUGAUUAGCUGUGCAUCAGCAUUUCAGCUUUCCUUUAAAUCCUCUCAUUCUCGGUUGCUGUGUUUAUUUCAAGUCUUUAACUUCACAUGGAUGCGAAAGCAUUUAGUCAAAACAGACAUUCACUUGAAGGGUUUUAGAUAUUCCAGCUGCUUGACUGGAGGAGGCGGAAUUCAUGAAGAAUUGUGUUGCUGAUCAGCGAGAAGUUUUCCUGUGAUUUUCCGGUUGGUAAACACACGUGCACAGAUCCAAACUGACGGUGCAGAUAGAGUUGAUAUUGAUUUCAAAAAUUCUGUUUUUUCAAUCGGGCAGUCGGCACUAUGCAAGUAUGGGCGAUACAUCUUCACAGACCAACUAUACUUAGCUGUUUGUACUAUGAUAGUAGCAACUGUGUGAACAGUAUACUCUUGUUUUUGUAUCUUAGAUCUUCCAAAACACCAUCUACUGUAUGUUUGUGAUUCAUUUUGCCUUUUUGUUUCUAUUUUGGUACUGACGAGCAGUCUGCUUCCCCCCGCUCCCAGCUCCAGAGGGAAGUAAACUCCAGAUCAGUGUUUUAUCUGGGCACUUUCACCCUAAAUUUGCAAGAUACGACCCUUUGCUGGUUGUAGAUGAAGCUUAACAGGACUACAGACGGAGACCAGUCAACAGAAUGGGAGACCUGAAUGACCCAACUGCACUUUGGACUUAAACCCCCUCCUUAUUUCUUUUGAGUUUUUUUAUUUGUUACGUCUCUCUUUGCUUUCUUUUAACCUGCAUGUUGUUCUUGUCUUUAACAUGUAUUUAAAAAAAAAAAAGAAGAUGCUUUAAGAAGAAAAAUAAUGAACCAAUUAAGUUUUAUUUCUUCAGUACAACUUGGAAACUGAAAGGUUUUUGUGCCAGUACCAUAAAAUACCCUGUCUUUAGUUAAUUUGUUUAUAUAUAUAUAUAUAUAUAUAUAAUGUUUUGUCCCUGGAGCGUCCUGUGUGUUCGCGAAGAAUCUGUCUUCUUCUAAAGCCUUACUCCCUGACUGGCGUUCAGGUUUCCACGGUGGCUGACUGACUUCUCUUCCUUCCUCUUCAAGGCUCGCCUUCUUUUUUCUGCUGUCGAGGACGAUGAUGUACUUGGUGUGUGAGUGUGUUAUAUUAUUUCCAGACCUGGAACUAAUACCAUUUAAAACCCUAUUAAAAACCUUAUUGUGCGAUAGAUUUAUGUUUGCUAGCACAAUAGCUCCCCUCCAUCCCUGAACCCAAAAGGCAAUCGAGGCAGGCAGAAGCAAUCAGUCGUUAACAAAGUCUUUGAUUGGAUUUUGAAUGCUAUUUGCUCCCAGAUCUGUGUUGUAUAUUGUAUAUGAUACACACUUUUGGACUCAUAUGUAAAUUUGCAUUAAUUGCUGACUAACAGCGAAAGAAUAUUCUAUUUAAUUCCUUCUCUCUUGGCUGUGGGAUCCUAGAUGUUUAACUGCAUGGAUGUACUGUAUCUCUGCAGAGUCAACUAGCAGCUGUGUGAUUUUUACACAAAAAUAAAAACGGCACAAUAUUUUAAA